CUCCCAUCCAUGCGCUUAAGAUGAGAGAGACAUUUUAGUAGUUGUAGAGAGAGAAAGUAAGAGAGAGAAGGGGGGAAGGAAGGAGUUUUGGGAGAGGGUUUAGGUAGACCAACUGGUAGUUAGAGAUUGAACUCCUUAACCAAACACCAUCAACAGCAAGAAAACCAGGUCAAGCAUCACCACCAACUUAGAAAGAAAAAUAGAAAGAAAGCAAAAGCUAGAAAGAGAAUCCAUUAAAAGAGAGAGAGAAACAGAGAUUGGAAAAAGAAAGUUAUGAUUUUCUUUUGGAGAAGGGUUUGAAUUCCUCUGAUAAAAGAAACCCUUUUUACACAAAUUUAUAUCUCUAUAUAUAUAUAUAUAGAGAGAGAGAGAGAGAGAGAGAGAAUUGGGUGUCUGUGUCUGUAACUCUCAUCAUCACGUGGGUAUUGAUGGUGUGAUGGAUAGAGAAUAUAUGAUUGAUUAGUAAAACGAGCAAAGGGUUUAUGAUUUUUGUACUUUGAAGAACUUUAAUAUAUAUAUUUAUAUAUAAAGUUCAUUUUCUGGGUUUUCUUUUUCUUUUUCAAUUUUAUUUUUUUCACGAAUUGAUUGGUUUGUCUGUGUGUGUGUGUUUGAUGAAAAAGAGGUUGUUUUGUUUCUCGGGAUCGGUUUGUCUCUGUUCAGCCGAUCGGAGCUUUUCUGUUCCCCACAAUACCCACAACUCUUGCUCGUUUUCAGCUCUCGGAGCAACUAGGUAAUCCAACACAUAUCAAGUUCUUAGACUGAAUAGAGAGAAAAGGAUCAAUGGCUACUUUCUUCCCCAACUCAAAUGACCAAAGAUAUGCUGCUCCAAUGCUUUACUUAAGGGAAUCAUUACCAAGUUCUUACUCCGAAUCACCGGUCAUUCCUUCUAACAUGAUGAUGUAUGUGAACAACUAUUCUUCUUCUUCGGGGCCAUGUACCGACACGUUGGCAGGGAAUUCCAAUGACAUUCCCCCCGGGGCCGCUUCUGCUUCCACUCCGCCACAUCAGGAAAUCCUAUCGAAUCUUGGAGGGUCCCGAAUUGGAGAGCACGAUUUCAAUGGAUGGGGCAAUGGUAGAGGUGAAAUGCCAUUUAUGCCCCCAAUGGGUAGUGCCAUUGGUAUUCUUCAAGGUGUGCAAAAUUUGCAGGGUCAAGGACUGUCCCUUAGCCUAAGUACCCAAAUCCCAUCCACGGGGCAAGUGCCUUCUAUGGAGUACCGGGGUCCUAAUUCAGGUUUUUCCUCGUUCUUGAACCCUCUGUCGAUUUCAGGGGAAGGUCUCGGAGGCAAUUCAGAUUCAAUGAAACCAGAUAUGUCUGCUUAUGGAAUGUCUAGUGUUGCAAGGAUUAUUCCCAAUUCAAAGUACUUGAAAGCAGCUCAACAACUGCUUGAUGAGGUGGUUAAUGUACGGAACGCUCUGAAACAGCAGGACUCGAAGAAAGGCCCAACAAACAACUUGAAAGAAGAUGAUCAUGGCGGAUCAAAGAAUGAAACCACAUUGCCGAGUGGAGGAGUGUCUUCAAAUCCACAAGACUCAGCCAGUAACUCGCCUAGCGAGCUUUCAGCAGCUGAAAAACAGGAUCUGCAGAACAAGUUGACAAAGCUUUUGUCCAUGUUGGAUGAGGUUGAUAGAAGGUACAAGCAAUAUUAUCACCAAAUGCAAAUUGUGGUAUCAUCAUUCGAUGUCAUAGCAGGGUGUGGAGCAGCAAAACCAUACACUGCACUUGCCCUGCAGACAAUUUCACGCCACUUUCGUUGCUUGCGCGACACAAUAACUGGCCAGAUUCGAGUGUCGAGGAGAAGCCUUGGAGAGCAAGAUGCUUCAGCAAAUGGAAAAGGCGUUGGAAUUUCACGCCUUCGAUAUGUGGAUCAACACCUCAGGCAACAGAGAGCGCUUCAACAACUUGGUAUGAUGCAACAACACGCGUGGCGGCCACAGAGGGGGCUGCCUGAAAGCUCGGUUUCUGUUCUUCGUGCUUGGCUAUUUGAACAUUUCCUUCAUCCCUAUCCUAAAGAUUCUGAUAAGAUCAUGCUGGCAAGGCAGACAGGCUUGACAAGAAGUCAGGUCUCAAACUGGUUUAUAAAUGCACGGGUGCGUCUCUGGAAGCCCAUGGUUGAAGAGAUGUACAAAGAAGAAGCCGGUGAUGCAGAGAUGGACUCAAAUUCUUCAUCUGAAGUUGCACCUAAAGCAAUGAAUGGCGAUGAUAUCAGUGCAUCCGAGGAUAGAGGUGAAGAUUUACAACAUGGUGCAACUUCCACAGCAACCGAACAAUGUAGCACUGGACAACAAUUCCUUGACUCCAAACACGACCAUGUUCCUGACUUAGAAAUGUUGGGAACAACUUCCAAUACCAAUUUCCAAAACGGGACUCAUGGAGGAACAGAAAUUGAAUAUGGGGUAGCGAAAACAAGGCCUAGUGUGGAUGAGGGUAGUGUUUUCCCGGAUACAAUUGUUGAGUCUGAUGGAGGUACUGGGAGGUAUAUGACAAGUGCAUACCACUUCUCAGAGUUGGGGCGGUUUGGAAAUGGGAUCGGUGUGUCACUCACUUUAGGAUUGCAGCAUUGUGAGGGUGGUGGUGGCAUCCCCAUGUCCGUCGAUCAGAAUCAUCACGGUUUCGUUUCUGUCCGAGGGGAUGAGGUAUACAAUACCGCAUCUUCCUCCAUGGGGCCUCAGACAUCAGAUUUUGACACCAUGGAUUCUGGAAACCGGCAACACAGAUAUAGCUCAUCCCAUCUUUUACAUGAUUUUGUAGCAUAA